GGAAUACAGCCGUAGGAUUUUAUAAAAUGUUGAAGUCAGAUAAAUCUGAUUUUGGUCGGUAAAAUGGAUUGUGACGUCAGGGUUUAAAACCCCCAGGGGAGGGAGAGCAAGGUUGGAGUGUUGUAUGUAAGCUAUUCGCCCACGGUAAAGUAGGCGAGGAAGAGCGAGCACGAGAGACGCACCACCCACCAAGCUAAAUAACAUUCUUAUUCCCUAUUGAUCAGGGCAUGACUCCUCAAAUAUCACCCUAGUGAGGUGUGAACAGCAAGAGCGGUGAUAUGGCCUAUAUCCAGAUACCCGAUGAUGAGAAGGGGUAUAAAUUGGACCUCUUCUGUGUCCCCAAACACUAUGAGGAGGAUUUAGACCAGGUUAUCAUCCCCCAUGGACUGAUCAUGGACAGGACUGAGCGCCUGGCUCGUGAUAUAGUCCGGGACAUGGGGGGACACCAUAUAGUAGCACUGUGUGUUCUCAAAGGAGGUUAUACAUUCUUUUCCGACCUGCUGGACUACAUCAAGGCCCUAAAUCAGAACAGCGAUAAGUCUGUCCCGUUGACUGUGGAUUUCAUUAGGCUAAAGAGCUAUUGCAAUGACCAGUCUACAAACAUUGUCAAAGUUGUCGGAGGGGACGAGCUCUCAACUCUAACCGGGAAGAAUGUUUUGAUAGUUGAGGACAUUGUGGAGACUGGGAGGACUAUGGAGACACUGCUAUCACUGCUGAGUGAAUGCAAUCCAAAGAUGGUCAAAGUCGUCAGCCUUCUAGUCAAGAGAACACCAAGGAGCUCAGGAUACAGACCAGACUACAUCGGGUUUGAGGUGCCAGAUUCGUUUCUGGUGGGAUAUGCCCUGGACUACAAUGAGUACUUCAGAGAUCUCAGUCACAUCUGUAUACUGAACGAGAACGCAAAGGAGAAGUACAAAGUGUGAGCUGAGGCGAUAGACAGAUGGAUGACGAGGGACUAGGACCACUGUGAUGAUCCUGAGCUUUUUAUGGUUCUGAACCUUAUUUAUCUGUGUAUGAAACCGAUUGUGAAUUCAGUUUGCAAGAUACUAUUUGAGAAAACAAAAAUGUAUUGAAUUCAUAUUUUUGUUCCCCUAGAAGCAAUGGGAUGAGUUAUGUUUUUAAGUAGAGGAUUUGUGUAAAGAUGGUUAUGGGAGUACAUUUUUAUUUAUUUAGAUUUGUUAUUCUAUAUUAUAUUGGGGCCUUGGAUGCCUCUCAUCUGAUUUAUGUUAGUAAGGAUGGAUUUUGUUAUGUUGCUUAAUAUAAUCCACAGGAUCUCAGACGACUGUACAUAUCCACAGUAAAAUCUAUGUGAGUCAAGUCAUGUACUGCAUUGUACAAACCAAUGAUGCUGUUUAGCUCAUAUGCCAAGCCCAUGCAAAGACGAGCCUGGAAUGUAAUGUAACAAUUUUGUUUAAUAAUGGCAAUGUUUUCAUUCACCAAGGACAUUAACAAUCCUAUUGACAGCAAUAUUAAAAUCUUAAAUGUGUGUGUUA